AUGACAGCAGAGGAGUUUACCGUAAACAGGGACCCAAGACAAUUGCUGAUGGCUGAUUUGGAACCGUUCCCUUCGUACCACGGCAGUGGAGAGCUGGACAAAGAAGACCGUGUGGAUGGUGGCAGUGCGAGUAGUACUGGGACCAGUAGCGGGAGUGACUCUGCGUUAGCACUAGCAGCUGGCGCUAGUGCUAACACCAGUGCAGGGUCUGCCGGCGGUAGGUCCCGCGCGUCCUCCCUCAGCACGUCGGACCCGAAUGAGCCCGUGCAGGAUCACCGGCGUAGAAGGUCUUCCUCACUCAUCUCGCACGUCGAGCAGGAAACUUUGGAAGAUGAAAACGAUCAACAUGUGUUCCCAAACCUUAACGCCUCGUGGGUCUCUCAACGUGGUGCGUGGAUCAUCCACCUCGUGGUGAUCGUGCUUUUGAAACUGUUCUAUAACCUGCUACCGGGGCUCAACGGAAGAAAGAUGUCCUGGACUCUCACUAAUAUGACUUACAACAUAGGCAUGUACGUCAUGUUCCAUCUGAUAAAGGGCACUCCGUUCGACUUCAACGGCGGUGCGUACGAUAACCUCACCAUGUGGGAACAGAUAGACAACGAGACUUUGUACUCCCCCUCUAGAAAGUUCAUCAUCUGUGUCCCCAUCGCUUUGUUCAUCUUGGCAACACAUUACUCGCAAUUCAGCUUCAAGUUGUUCAUCUUUAACUUCGUCGUCACUUUCUGCGUCGGGAUACUACCAAAACUACCUGUCACCCACAGACUGCGCGUAUACAUCCCUUUUGUCAACCAACCGCAACAGAUCAGCUGA